CUAAUUACAGCCCUAUUCCAAUUCUCUUAUUUCUCAAAUCUCAUGAAUACACAUUUUGCUUAUUUAUGAUUCAACUUGACGCUAGUGAUUUGUCCGAGAAAACCGGUAUACGGGCAGCGACGGCAACAGCGAAGCUUUGCCACAAAUGGUCCAGUUACGACAGGCAGCAAAAAUGUUCCAACGCGAACAUGGUUGUGUUGGCUUCCGUAAGACAUUGGUUCCAUCGGAAAAGUAGAAGGCAUUUCAGUUUUUGCAAACGAUAACAAUGAAAUAAUUUAAUCACCUUUCAUCAAGGUGCGAUUUUUUGGACCCUGAAAAGAGGAGUUUUUGAUAUUUCUUUGAAAGUAUCGCCCCUCUCAGCUGAGAUUUGGCCAUGGCCCCCAGCGGUACUGCGCUCGUUGAUGGGGUGGCUAUGGUAGAGAAGACGAAGCCAGUCCAGGAGAGAGAGAGAUGGGAUAAGAAAAUUGAAUUCUUGCUGGCUGUAGUCGGUUUCGCCGUCGAUUUGGGGAAUGUGUGGAGGUUUCCUUAUGUUUGUUUUAACAAUGGUGGUGGUGCCUUUCUGCUUCCGUAUCUGGUAAUGUUGAUAUUUUGUGGAUUACCUCUGUUUUACAUGGAGUUGGCACUCGGCCAAUUCCAAAGAUGCGGAUGUCUGACAGUGUGGAAUAGAAUAUGCCCCGCAUUCAAAGGAAUUGGUUUCGCCAUCAUUGUCAUCGCCACCUACAUUUCUUGGUACUACAACACGAUCAUCGCCUGGUGUGUGUACUACUUUUUCUCUUCCAUGAGGGCGGACGUUCCGUGGAAGACAUGUAAUAACGAGUGGAACCUAGAGAAGCAGUGCAUGAGAUAUCCGACGGACGAGCGCUACAAUGACUCCACAAAGCUCUUCUGUUUCGACGGAGAAAACAGCACGUCCUGUAUCUUCAAAAACCAAACCCAAACGCCCACCGAACAAUAUUUUGAGAGAGAAGUGUUGGGACUUCAGUAUGCGGACGGGAUCAAUCGAGUGGGCGGGGUCAACUGGAUAAUCGCUCUGUGCCUACUCGGGGUCUUCGUCCUUGUAUACUUCGCCAUGUGGAAGGGAAUCAAAAGUUCUGGAAAGUUUGUGUGGGUGACCGCCACGAUGCCGUACGUUGUUCUGCUCAUUCUGCUGAUCCGCGGCUGUAUGUUGGAGGGCUCCCUGAAAGGAAUCAUCUACUACGUGACUCCGGUCUGGAGUGAAAUUGCUAAAAAGGAAGUUUGGAUCGCCGCCACGGCUCAGAUUUUCUUCUCCCUGGGUCCUGGGUUCGGGGUUUUGUUGGCGCUAUCAAGCUACAACAAGCUGAACAACAACUGUUACAAAGAUGCUUUGAUUACAAGUUCCAUUAACUGCUUCACCAGUUUCUUCGCUGGCUUUGCUGUGUUUGCCGUAUUAGGUCACAUGGCGACAAUUCAGGGUAAAGAAGUCAGAGAUGUGGCAAGAAGCGACGUGGGACUUAUCUUCAUCGUGUACCCCGAGGCUAUAUCAACGCUACAGGUCUCCCCAGUAUGGGCAAUGUUGUUCUUCCUAAUGUUCAUCACACUUGGCCUUGAUACAACAUUCGGUGGACUAGAAGCAAUAUGUACGGGAAUUUUGGACGAGUGGCCCAUACUACGGAAACACAGAAAGCUGUUCGUGCUCUUCCUGAUGAUGUACUGCUUUAUUGGAGCACUGGCCACUACUACUUACGGCGGAAUCCAUGUGGUUCAGUUGCUGGACUCCUAUGUCGCUCCCAUUGCCCUCAUCUUUGUGGUGUUCCUGGAAGCUGUCUCUGUAUCCUGGCUAUACGGAGUAGAAAGAUUUAGUGAUGAUAUUAAGUCGAUGCUGGGUUUCAGGCCCGGCAUUUUCUGGAGAAUUUGCUGGAAGUUCCUCAGUCCUGCUAUACUGCUUUUCCUUUUCGUCAUGUCGCUGAUUGAUCAUCAGCCGAUGCCGUAUGCGGAUUAUGCAUACCCCCAAUGGGCGAUUGCCGUUGGAUGGUUGAUUGUAAUGUCAUCUUUAAGUUUCAUCCCGGGAUAUUUUAUCUAUAUACUUAUCAUAACACCUGGUACCUUUCUGGAAAGGCUACGUUCGGUGUUUAUCCCAGUGGAAGUUCCGGACCACGGCUAUGCAGAGCCAGUUCCGGUCUAAACAACUCAACUCUCUGGACCAAAAGCUAGAAUAAUUAGUAUUAUCUGUAAUAUGAACCUGUAAUAAGCACAUCAUGGAUGGAAAAUUAAAAUAGUAAUGUGAAAACAAUGACAUUGAUCUAAGUUCACGAUUUUCGAAAUAUUGUUCGACACUGGAUCCAAAAAAGGACUCUUUUCUUUAAAUGCAUUUCAAAGCUCUUUAUAGUUUUAUAGCUUUUUCAAUACAUGUACACCGAUUUCUUCUGAAAGUAGAAAUAUUAAUGAAGCGUACCAGUAUUAAUUGUUUCAUCGCUAUAAAAUAAAAACUUAAUUGAUAUCAGAUUGUGUUUGUGCACCUCAGAACUUUUUUAUGAAUUACCCUGACAGACAAUGCAUGGCCCAUCUCAUGUUUUGCAUUGAAUACUCCAAUACAAACAGAGCACGUAAACAAACAUAUAUCCCAAUGUUGAAUUCGACCAAUUCUGAAUAUUGUAAAACUUGUAUUUGUGUAAACAGUGCUUUAUAUGUUUUGAACGAUCUGUAAUUUUUUUUCUGUGAUGAAAGUAGUUAAAAAUUAAAAAAAAACAACACCAUUUUGAAGAUCGUUAUGCGAUAUUGUAAAGUGUGUAAACUGUUUUGUAAUGUGUCAGGUUUACUUAUCCGGUAUAGAUGUUACCGCCUGUUACAUAACAGGUCCUAUGCAUGCAAUUUUUAUAAUGUUUUUUAUUCCAAGUGCUCAUCGUCAAAACUUGAAGUGUCACUUUUGUCUGCAUGUCUUUGUCGAGCUUAUAAAAGUCAGUGGGUAUUUACAAAACUAGAGCUCACAACCCAAUUUCUGCAACUAGGCAGCCAUCUGCACCAGGAUACUUGCUUGAAUAGAACUUAAUUAAAGACCGAAUUCUACCCAAAUCUCAGAAUGUUUAAACCUUGCGUUGAAAUGUUGUGUGAAAUGUUUUUACAUGGCUUAAUGUAAUCUGUUGUUGAUGCUAGCAAAGGGCACUACUUUUGUAGUGCCAUUUUAUUGCGGAACAAUGAGAUUGUGACUGCAUUGUAAGCUUUUAGAGUAUAUCAUAGAAAAAUCCAGAUAUAUACAAUAAGACUGAGAAAACAUGUAUAGUGAUAUCAUAUUUAUGAUUAUAACACGUUUUGUUAUGUAAUGUACUGUUAUAUUUGUUAUUUAUAUAGUAUAUGUUGUUAAAGUCGUUAUACUUCAAGUAUUGAAGUAUGUGUACUCAUAGUCGAAGGAAAUAAAAUUUUACAAAUACUGGUAA